AUGAAGAGUCUGGUGUUUCUGCUCUUGGUGACUGUGGCCAGCGCUAGAGUCUACCAGCGCUGUGAAUGGGCUAGAAUUUUGAAGAACAAUGGGAUGGCCGCCACAACAGUUUCACUUGAGUUUCUCCAUUAUAAAAGGACACUGAGCAGCAGCUGGGGAAACAGUUUGUUCAGCAACGUGUCCAUCAUGAAGAGUCUGGUGUUUCUGCUCUUGGUGACUGUGGCCAGUGCUAGAGUCUACGAACGCUGUGAAUGGGCCAGAUUGUUGAAGAGUGAGGGGAUGGAUGGUUACCGUGGCAUCAGCCUGGCCGACUGGGUUUGCUUGACCAAGUGGGAGUCAAAAUACAACACCGAAACUACUCACCACAACAGUGAUGGAUCCACCGACUAUGGCAUCUUCCAGAUUAACAGCCGCUGGUGGUGUACUGAUGGCCGUACAUCCUCUGCAAAUGGAUGCAACAUCAGGUGCAGCGAGCUUCUGACUGAUAAUGUCGGUUUGGCGAUCAACUGUGCCAAACGCGUUGUUAGAGAUCCCAAUGGCAUUAGGGCAUGGGUUGCCUGGCGCGAUCAUUGCGCAGGCCAUGACUUGAGCUCCUAUGUGGCAGGAUGUGGCGUGUGAUCAACAGAUGGAGCCAGGACACUGUCAUCAACUAAUAAAAUUUGCUCUGGAUCAAAAGAUUUCU